AUGGGCGCGACGGAAGCGCCCGAGCUCAGUUCCGGCCGCCUCCUGCCGGUGCCGCCUCCUCCCGCCGCCGGUGGCUCUGCAGCCCGGUCGCGCUGGCAGCGCGGUCCCGCAGGAACGGCCCCCGGGAGAGGCGGGCUGGGGCUGGCGCUGCCGCGGGGGAGCGGCCCGGGGGCGCGGACACAGCACCGGAGCGGCCCGGGGGCGCGGACACAGCACCGCAGCGCCGCGGGGCAGCGCGGCCCCAGCGCGGCCGGACCCGCUCCCGCUUCCAGAGCCGGCUCCGCGGCCCUCAGCAUGCUGUUCUGCGCGCUGCUGCUGCUGCAGCUCGGCCACGGUCUCUCCCCGGCCGCAGAGUUGUAUAGUCUGGAAAUAACCAACAAUGGUCCCAUCACAACGGGAGCUCAAGCUACUGUUCAGGCCAGGCUAAGAAUGAAGAACGAAAAUGCCACAUCAAACUCAUAUCACUUCAACUGGGUUUAUGCUCCUCUGAUUCUGAUAGAGAAAUCUGAGCAGCGGUUUAAUUCUGUAAUUAAUGUGACUGGUGAAUUUCCUGGCACUUUCCCUGUGUCUGUCUGGGUGACUCACAAAAACUGUUGGUUGUGUCGGCCGAUUGCAAGAAACAUCACGGUGCUUCAGAUUACAGAAUUUAUCACAGGGAACCUCACCAUUGCCCAGAUCGAAGACAGCAGAGUUACCACACAUGGUUCUAGUUCCUCCACAGACACAGUGACACGGAUUUCUUUCUCUCUUCAUGACCCAAGUCACUACUUCAAGUCAGCAUCAUUUGUCUACAACUGGGAUUUUGGAGAUGGAGUUUACCGGAUUACCAAGGAACCCUUUGUCUACUGCAACUGCUCGUCCAAGGGGAACCGCACAGUGCACCUGAAGGCCGUGGCUGAAUGGGAUCAAACUGGGAGUGUCAUACACGAGAAAGAAACCAUGCAGAAAACUGGAGAUUUUAGCACAGCUCUGGAGCUCUCGGAUGCUGUUAAGAGUAUUAACAUAGUGGGCAACAGAGAGACUCACGUAAUGGAAAACUUGAAUUUAUCUCUUCAUAUCAAUGGCACCCCACCACUGGCAUUAUGCUGGCUUAUAAAAUCCGAGUGCAUUCCACUUGAAGGUGACAAAUGCCAUCUGGUGGAGAUCAGUGGCUCCUGCUACAACCUCAGCCACACCUUCAGGGACGCGGGGCAGUAUUGCCUCAGUGUCAGGGUGGAGAACGGCGUGACGAUGCUGCAGACGUACCACGGGAUCAAAGUGCGGCCAGCAGGAAUCCACCCGGCUUUCUUUGUCCUGCUCUGCACUGCUCUGGUUUCAGUGAUGCUGGUACUGGUGCUGUACACAACUUUACGAAGUAACACACAACAAAAAGAUCUCGUGGAGGUAGCUGACUUUGACUUCUCUCCACUGUCUGAUGAGCACCGGUCUAAUCGUUCCAAGUCAGGCUGUGGCCCAGCGUGUUGCAGAUCAUGUUUUCUCCAGCCAUCAAAAGAAGCUGCCUGGGAGACUCACGAACUUCUACAUUCACUUUACAAGCCAGUCAAAAUGUACACUCUGUGAAGAACACAAUUGCACUUUGGUUGCACUAACUGUCUAACUUUCUCACUUAGGCUAAGUCAAAAGCCUGGUGCUGCAUGAAUGGUUUGGUUUUGCCAUUGCAAUGUGGUUCACCACUUUAAGUCCAGCACUUGAGUACUUCAUUCUCUGAACUUAAAAAGAACAAGAAACACAGUAAAAAAGUAGCUUCUUUGUAUUUUUAACUUAUACAGGUGUGUAUAUUUACAGCUGUAAAUGCAGCAUUUUAUUCUUAUGAAAGAUUGUUUUAUGUGCAGGUUUGCUAAAUUCACUACCUCUUGUAAUUUCUCUGUUCCUUCUGUUGUUUGUUUCAAAGAAGAAAAUGCCUAAGACAAACAUACCUCUUUUCCUAUGUACAACAAUAUUAUUGGAAAUGGAAGUCAUCCAAAAUACUGUUGAAUAUGUAUUUUUUCUAUCAAGGAACUGAUGUGUCCAGGUUGAAAACAGAGGAGGUGUUUCCAAUGAACCAGACUACCUAGU